UGGCCUUAUCAUCAAAGCACAGACCCCAAAAACAAUGGCUUCUUUCUUCCUCUCCUUUCUCUAUGUUCUCUCAUUUUUCUUUCCCCUCAUAACCUCAUCCCCCACCACCACCAUUACUCUCCCUCUCUCCUUCUUCAACACAAACCCUAACCAAGAUCCAACCCAAAAGUUCACCCAUUUUGUCUUCCAGUCCUUGGCCAGAGCCAAACACAUCAAGAAUUCCCAGAAAUCUUCUGCUUCUUCCACCACUCCAUUGUACCCUAAAAGCUAUGGCGGAUACUCCAUUUCUCUCAGCUUCGGAACUCCGCCGCAGACCUUGCCGUUUAUCAUGGACACCGGAAGCAGCUUUGUUUGGUUCCCUUGCACAAAAAGGUACCAAUGCAGAGAGUGCAGUUUCAAAGGCACCGCUGCGAUUACUCCUUUCAUGCCCAAAUCAUCUUCCUCUGCUAAGCUUCUCGGCUGCGCCAACCCCAAAUGCGGUUGGAUUCACGGCGGGGGUGUCGAGAAUCGCUGUCAAGAUUGCCGGCCGCCGUUCGCCGGGAAGACCUGCAACCAGAUCUGCCCGCCGUACCUGAUUCUCUACGGCUCUGGCUCCACCGGCGGCCUUGCGCUGGUGGAUACCCUGGAUUUUCCCCAGAAGAAAAUCCCGGGUUUUCUCGUGGGUUGUUCCGUGUUUUCCGCCCAACAACCCGCCGGAAUCGCCGGGUUCGGCCGCGGCCGCGCUUCCCUGCCGGCGCAAUUAGGCCUCAACAAGUUUUCCUACUGUCUUGUCUCGCACAGAUUCGACGACAGCGGCAAAAGCAGCCCGUUAGUUAUGGAGACCGGCGAAGAUUCCGGCGAUAAAAUCGGGAACCUGAGCCGUACGCCGUUGCUGAAAAACCCUCAGGUGGCCGGCAGAGACGCAUUGUCGGUGUAUUACUACGUUAGCCUGAGGAAAAUCACUGUCGGAGCCCAAAAACUGAAGAUCCCAUACAAGUACCUCUCGCCGGAUUCACAGGGCAACGGCGGCGCAAUCGUGGAUUCCGGCACGACCUUCACGUUCUUGACCCACGACGUAUUCCAGCUCGUCCAGAACGCGUUCCUCACUCAAGUCAAAACCUACCCGCGAGCCGGAAAACUGGAGAGCAUUACCGGGCUGCGCCCGUGCUUCAAUAUCUCCGGCCACCGCACAAUAGACAUGCCGGAUAUGAAGUUCCAUUUCAAGGGAGGCGCAGAAAUGGCGCUGCCACUGGCAAACUACUUCACCAUUGUCGGAACUGAUAGCGUCUGCUUGACUCUGGUGACGGACAGCUUCGGCCCGGAGUUGCCCGCCGGACCGGCGAUCAUUCUGGGGAAUUUCCAGAUGCAGAAUUUCUACGUGGAGUAUGAUCUGAAGAAUGAGAAGUUGGGAUUCCGGCGACAAUUAUGCAAGUGAUUCUGGAAUUUUUUUUUUAAAAAAAGUUUAGGGGUCCAAACCAAAUUAUGCAAUUUCUUAGCCUUGUUGUUGUAAAUUUUAUUUUUUAUUUUGAAAAAUUACAUUUUUAGUCCA